AUGUUGGACGUCAACGACUUCGUCAAAGACCGCGGCGGUGACCCAGCCAAGAUCAAGGAGUCCCAGCGACGCCGCCAUGCUCCUGAAGAGGUGGUAGAUGAGGUCAUUGCGUUGUUCGAGGAUCACAAGAAGACGCAAUAUGCCGCAGCAACAGAGAUGGGCGCAAAGCUCAACAAGGUGCAAAAAGAGAUCGGUCUGAACAAGAAGAACAAGGGUGAUCCCAAGGAGUUUGAGGCAUUGAUGGAGCAGAAGGACGACUUGACUCGGGAGAAGAAGGAACUGGAAGAGGUGGCGGCCAAGAAGCAGAUCGACUUGCUGAAGAAGGUCAAGAGCAUAGGCAAUUAUGUUCACGAGUCAGUGCCGGUCUCUGACAACGAGGACAACAACGCCUUGGUACGGGAUUGGAAGCCUGAGGGCGUGGAAGUCGAGAAGAAGGACUGCUUGUCUCACCACGAGGUCCUCACACGGAUAGACGGGUAUGACCCAGAGCGAGGUGUCAAGAUCGUUGGUCACCGAGGCUACUGUUUGACAGGAUACGGUCUUUUCCUGAAUCUUGCCCUCAUCAACUACGGUCUCGAAUUCCUCUUCGGAAAGGGCUACAAGCCAAACCAGCCUCCUUUCUUCAUGCUGCGGGAAGCCAUGGCAAAGACUGCACAGCUGGAACAGUUCGACGAGGAGCUUUACAAGGUCACCGAGAAGGAGAACGACCCAGCAACCGACAAGUACCUCAUCGCCACCUCAGAGCAGCCUAUCUCUGCACUUCAUGAGGGUGAGUGGCUGAACGAGAAGGACCUCCCCAUCAAGUACGCCGGCUACUCUACUUGCUUCCGUAAAGAGGCAGGCUCCCACGGCAAGGAUGCAUGGGGCAUCUUCCGUGUCCACCAAUUCGAGAAGAUUGAGCAGUUCAUCUUCUGCAAGCCCGAAGACAGCUGGAAGCAUUUCGACGAGAUGAUCGGUACCUCUGAGGAGUUCUACAAGUCGCUCAACAUUCCGUACCGGGUUGUUGCCAUCGUCUCUGGUGCGCUGAACAACGCUGCCAGCAAGAAGUACGAUCUGGAGGCAUGGUUCCCCUUCCAGGGAGAGUACAAGGAACUGGUGUCUUGCUCGAACUGCACAGACUACCAGACGAGAGAGCUGGAAGUUCGAUUCGGACAGAAGAAGCAGACCGAUGCUUCAUUCCAGAAAUCCUACGUUCACGCCCUCAACUCCACCCUCUGUGCCACAGAGCGUGCUCUUUGCUGCGUACUUGAGAAUUACCAGCGCGAAGACGGCAUCGAGGUGCCACAAGUCCUGCGGAAGUACAUUCCCGGCCAACCUGAGUUCCUUCCAUACGUCAAGGAGCUUCCAAAGGACUCCACGAGCUUGAAGGCAAAGGGCAAGGCUGAGCAGAAGGGCGGCGGUAAGCCACAGCUCCCUGCUGAGGGUGGUCUUGUCGAGAGACCAAAGCACCCAGCGGAGGAGAAGCGUUCCUAG